CAUCCAUAUAUAUCUCUCGACUAUAACUACACUUUCCACCACCACUUCUCUCUCUCUCUCUCUCUCCCUCCACCAUGUCUGAUCUUUUUGAACUUUGCUUGGCUCCUCUGCACAAGUAUGCUACCAAAUUUGUUCAACAACUCAAGUCUUUGAGCAAAAUCAAGGGAUGGAAGGAGAGAAGAAAACCCAAGAGGCAGUUCUAUGAUUUCAACAAGUUAGCCUCAUCUUUUGCAGCCAUGGAAGUCUCCAACCAGCUGAAAAAAGUGUUUGAAUUCUAUGACGCAAACGGCGAUGGGAAGAUCUCUCCUUUGGAGCUGAGAGAAGUGCUUUUGAGCUUGGGACAUGAGAAGUCUAUGGCUGCCGAGGAAGCAGAAGGGAUGGUAAAAGAAAUGGAUCGUGAUGGGGACGGGUUGGUGGACAUAGAUGAGUUCAUGAGAGCUGUGAAUACUACUGACAACGCAGCCAGGGGCGUUGGCGAGGAAGAUGAUCUUAUGGGUGCUUUUCUCAUAUUUGAUUUGGAUAAGAAUGGUUUGAUAUCAGCCAAGGAGUUGCAGAGGGUGUUAGUUGGUCUUGGGUAUGAAACUUGUAGACUUAGUGAGUGGGAAAUGAUAAAAGGGGUUGAUAAGGAUGGUGAUGGUUUUGUGGAUUUUCAAGAGUUUAGGUCAAUGAUGAGAGGUUGUGUAGGUUGAGGAUCAUCAAAUAGUGUUUCCUUCUAGGCCAAAUCCUCUGUCCGGAUUCUCUUCUUUUACUUUGUCUUAAACUGCAUUUGUAUGAUAAUUUCUUUGGCAUGAUAGUAGGGUGAGAAGCACCUUGAGGCAAGAAGAUUCUCCCUUUAUCCUAUUGUCCUAAGCCACCUUUAUAUCAUGUGAUAAUUUGGGUAUAGUGUGGUGGGAGGGCCUUGAGAUUGGAAUAUUCUCCCCAUUCCACUGUUCCAAGCUACUUCUCUAUCGUAAGAUCAAUCUCUCUAAGCUAAUAGUGUGGUAAGAGGGGUCUUGAGACGAGAAUCGGAAAAAUUUGGAUGAAUAAUCAUCUCUGCUAUAACAUGGAUCUCUAUGGUCUAAUCGUGCGGUAGCAAAAAUUAUUCAUGUGAUGUGUGACAAUGAAUAAUUGUUCGUGUGAAAAAGAGGAGCAGCGUUAAGACGGGAAAUAGAAGAUUCUGACACGGGAAUUUUUAUUUUAGGGUAGUUUUUGAAGUUGUGGAUUGAAGGGUUUCAUGGAAAUUGAAAGGAAGAAGUGACUGAAGAAGAUGAUUCUCUUCUUGAAUGUCAAUGAAGUAGUCUUUUACCCUUUUCAGUGUAAAGUACUCCUAGUUUGCAUAAAUGAAAUAGGCAAAAUUGUUUUAGUUGCAUGCCCUCAUCAAAA